AUGUGCUCGGGGCCCAGAGCGCACAGAGGCCAGGGCGCGUUCAGAGCCCGGCAUUCUGUCCUCUCGCCCCGAGCCAGCUCCGCUCCCCACGUGGGCCGACGGCCUCCCCGAGAGUCUUCGCUCGGGCCAGGCGGGGACACGGAGGAAUUAAGGCAGGUGGGUCCAACCUCAGGUCAGGGAAACGAGAUCCCACACGCCGUGGAGCACCGAAGGCCGCACGCGGCAGCUACCGACGUCUGCGUGCACUGGACCCCUGCACCUCAACCCGAGUGUUCACCACCACGAAAGGCCCUGCGUAACACAAGGGAGAUCCUGCCUGCCCAGCGAGGACCUGACACGGCCAAACGAGCAAAUGCCUAA